UUAUACCUUCUCAAACCAAAAAGCUCCAAGCAGGCUGAACAAUUUCUUUAAUUGUAUUGGCAGUCAGCAGUGUCUGGCCCAUAUAAACCACUACCAGCCUUCAUAUACACACAUAUAUAUAUACUUAUAUAUAUACAAUGGCUUAUUUACUUCGAUCUGGUCUCACAAAGAGACUCUGUACUCCUAAUAUGGUUACACAACAACUUCGUAUGCAAUCAGCAGCAGCUUCAAAGGUUGCUAUGAGCAAAUUUGAAACCAGCAAUUAUAUUGACUAUGACAGAAUGAAAUUCAACGUCGAUGUCGUUAAGGACAGACUUGGCAGACCCCUAACACUCUCCGAAAAGAUUGUGUAUGGACAUUUAGACAAACCUAAAGAACAGGAUAUUGUUCGUGGAGAAAGCUAUUUGAAACUCAGACCUGACCGAGUAGCCAUGCAAGAUGCAACAGCUCAGAUGGCCAUGUUGCAGUUUAUUUCCAGUGGUUUGGCUCGUGUAGCCGUUCCCAGCACCAUUCAUUGCGACCACUUAAUCGAAGCUCAGAUUGGUGGAGAGAAAGAUCUGGCUCGGGCAAAAGAUAUCAACAAAGAGGUCUACGACUUUCUACAGACAGCUGGCGCCAAAUAUGGCGUAGGAUUCUGGAGGCCCGGAAGUGGCAUCAUUCAUCAGAUUGUUCUCGAGAAUUAUGCUUUUCCAGGUGUAAUGAUUAUUGGAACUGACAGCCACACCCCCAAUGGCGGUGGCCUUGGUGGUGUGUGUGUUGGUGUUGGUGGUGCUGAUGCUGUUGACGUGAUGGCGGACAUACCCUGGGAGCUGAAAUGUCCAAAGGUAAUCGGGGUUGAGCUGACUGGGAAAUUACACGGUUGGACAUCACCAAAGGACAUCAUCUUGAAGGUUGCUGGCAUUUUAACAGUAAAGGGUGGCACAGGUGCCAUCGUGGAAUAUUUUGGCCCUGGUGUAGAUUCCAUCUCCUGCACUGGAAUGGGUACCAUCUGCAACAUGGGUGCAGAAAUUGGUGCGACAACCUCAAUUUUCCCAUACAACCACCGUAUGAAGGACUAUCUUGUAGCCACAAACAGAAAUGACAUUGCCAGCCUGGCCGAUUCUUACAGAUCGCUCCUUUCUGCUGACAAAGACGCUACAUACGAUCAAUUGAUUAAGAUAAACCUGGAUGAGUUGGAGCCUCAUGUCAACGGCCCCUUUACUCCAGAUCGUUGCCACUCUAUCUCUGAACUGGGAAAGACUGCAGUGGAAAUGGAUUGGCCACUUGAUGUUAAAGUUGGUUUAAUUGGAAGCUGUACCAACAGCAGCUAUGAAGACAUGUGUCGUUCUGUGAGCAUUGCUAAACAAGCUUUGGAACAUGGUCUAAAGAGUAAGGCUGGAUUCACAAUAACUCCUGGUUCUGAACAGAUUCGUGCCACAAUAGAGCGAGAUCGAUUGACGGAGACCCUAGAAGCCAUCGAUGGAUGCGUCCUUGCCAAUGCUUGUGGUCCUUGCAUUGGUCAGUGGGACAGAAAAGAUGUGCAAAAAGGCGAGAAGAACACCAUCGUGACGUCUUACAACAGGAACUUCACUGGACGUAACGACGCCAACCCUGCAACCCAUGCAUUCGUUGCGUCUCCUGAGAUAGUCACCGCUCUUGCAAUUGCUGGACGCUUGGACUUCAACCCACUUACAGAUCAUUUGACCGGAGCAAAUGGAGAACAAUUUAAAUUUGAACCUCCCUCUGGAGAUGAACUGCCCAACAAAGGAUUUGAUCCCGGCAUGGACACUUACCAAGCUCCUCCUAGUGAUAGCUCUGAUGUGUCUGUUGCUGUCGACCCUGAGAGCACACGUCUGCAGCUUCUGUCACCCUUCGCAAAAUGGGACGGAGAAGAUAUUAAGGAUAUGCUUGUCUUGAUUAAGGCAAAAGGGAAGUGUACCACUGACCACAUCAGUGCUGCUGGUAAAUGGUUGAAAUUUCGAGGGCAUUUGGACAACAUCUCCAACAAUUUGCUCAUUGGUGCUGUUAAUUAUGAGAAUGAAAAGCUGAACUGUGUGAAGAAUCAACUGACAGGUGAAUAUGGAGGUGUACCUGACACUGCACGAGACUAUAAGUCAAAAGGCGUAUUUUGGGUUGUCAUUGGUGAUGAAAAUUACGGUGAAGGCAGCAGCCGAGAACAUGCCGCUCUGGAACCCCGACAUUUGGGAGGCAGAGCCAUCAUUGUCAAAAGUUUCGCUCGGAUCCAUGAAACAAACUUGAAGAAACAAGGAAUGUUGCCAUUAACUUUUGCAAACUCCGCCGACUAUGACAAAAUCCAACCAACUGAUCGCAUAUCGAUUUUGGGACUUAAGACUUUUGCCCCUGGAAAGCCAUUAACCUGUGAGGUGAAACACGAAGAUGGUAGCACAGACACUUUUCUACUACACCACACAUUCAACGAAGGUCAAAUAACUUGGUUCAAAGCAGGCAGUGCCCUCAACCGUAUGUUCGAGGUGCGACAAGGGAGUUAACCUCGUAGAUAAAGUAAAACUAGAUUAAUAUAGCUUACAUAACACAAUGACACUUCUGCAAAGCAGUUUUAAAAACAAAAACAAAAAAAAUAAAAAUCCAAACCAGUAUUUUA